GUUUGACCGGUUUUACGGAGUUCCUCGUGAGAACGCGGAGGAGCUGAUCGGAGUGAGGACCGGAGACCGGAGAUCCGAGAUCCGAGUGAACUUUGACUGGGUUAGAGGUGUAAUAAUCCGGACUAGGAGCGGUUCGAUAACCGAUAACACACAAAGGGACACGGGGGACAGAGGGACAGCGUGUGAGCGUGUGGUGUCUCCUGGAGAAUGGCGUGUGGAGCCACUCUGAAGCGCUCUCUGGACUUUGACCCGGUGAUGAAUCAGAACUCCCCGAAGAGGAGACGCUGUGCCCCACUGUCUCCAUCUUCAUCAUCAUCAUCACCAUCAUCCUCUCCACGGAAAUACCUGCGUCUGGAACCUUCACCUUUUAGCCAGGUGAACACCACACCCACUCCAGAACAAAUUCUGCACAACAUUAAACAGGAGUAUAAACGCAUGAAGAGGAGACACCUGGAGAACACCUUCACUGAUCCUCCACUCAGUCCUCAGUCCUCAACCACCGCAGUGUGUGUGGGCUCGUCUCCCACUAAAGAGCAGCCGUUGUUCAGUGUGAAGCAGGUGGGCUUGAUCUGUGAGCGUCUGCUGAAGGAGCGAGAGGAGAAGAUACGAGAGGAGUACGAGGAAACGCUCACCUCCAAACUCGCAGAACAAUACGACACAUUUGUGAAGUUUACUCAUGAUCAGCUCAUGCGCAGGUUUGGGGAGCAGCCUGCUAGCUAUGUGUCAUGAGUGUGUGUGUGUGUGUGUGUGUGUGUGUGUGUGUGUGUGUGUGUGUGUGUGUUUGAGAGAGAGCUCCAGUGUUGUUGCUGUGUGUUCAGGUCCUGUGCUUCCCUGCAUUUCCGGACUCCACUUCAGUGUGUAACGGAUUCUAACAGCUGUGUGUGUGUGUGUGUGUGUGUGUGUGGUGAAACAGUGGCUGCAAUUUUUUCAUCUAAUAUUUAUAUACUCUUCUCUUUAGACCUUUUUAAAUCAUUAACAUUUUGGAUUAGAUUUUUUUAGUGUGUGUGUGUGUGUGUGUGUGUGUUUUAUAUAAAUGUGUGUAUAGAUCACUGGUGUGUGUUGAUUAAAGUUCUUUAUGAUGAUUUUGUUGAUGUGAUUUUGUUUGCUAUGAAUAAAGAUUUGACACAAA